AACAGCAACAACAACAAGCGGCUUGCUGUGCGCUUGCAGCAACCUGUUUUUAGCAAUACUUUUGACUCAUUCUAUAUUUUAGUGUCUAAUUUUUAUUUGCGAUAACUAGAGAAAUGUUUUAAAAUUCUAAAUUAAUUAGAAAAUCCUGUAAAAUGGACAUAGUUUACUCAGUAAGUUGCAAGCAGGUCAGCCCAUCAAAGUACAACAACAACGCUGACUUCUUACACGAAGGACCGACACUAUGCUCGAUCUCGAGCAGAAAUGUUGUUGCUUUUACAACCACAACAGAACUGAACGACCAAAAAGGCAUCACUUACGGCUCCCAUGUCUACGUUGCCGACUUAAACUGUCCCUGGCACAGUUACAAAAUAAUAUCCCACGACUAUGAAAUUACGUCUCUCGAGUGGGAUCUGCCGGGAUCGAAGUUGCUCGUUGCUGACUCUAACGGACUGAUUCAAAUUUUUGCGUCCAAGGAACAUCUUUUGAAUGAUUGGAGCUGCUUGGUUUCGGCCCACUUUCCAGGAGAACAGGUCUUGGCAGCUUCCUUUUUCCACAAUGGAAGGAAGAUCGGACUUGUUGCAGAGAAAAAAGACAAUCCAAUGUACAUCGACAAGUUUGCACAUGUCAAGUUUGCUCCGACUGUUCGACACUUUGGCGGUCAACCUUUAGAAGGAUGCGUCUUUGUGACGUCCACUGGCAUGGUUGGCGUUGUGACUCUUGUUCAGGAGGGAAUGAGUUCGAUCACAAAAACCUUGGAUGCAAACGGACCAAAUUACAAUGCUCUGACUGCCAGCGAGAGUCUUGGAAAUACUAGGCAGAGGGUCAUGGCAGUCGACAUUUGCUAUGGAAAAAAUGGACAAUUUUUGGUUGCUGUCACCAGUGGAAAGGCAAACUUGCCCAUUCAGUGUUACAGAGUCUCGAUCAAACGCCUCGAAGACAAAAUGUCCAUUAUGAGUCAAGCUCUGCCUAGUUUUUUCCUGCAGUGCAGCACACUUAAAGAUAACAGCUACCACCAAGUUGUCCAGCUGAGAUUUGUGGUUAGAGAGGAUGCAGACUCGCUGGUUGUGACUGCAAAUAGUGAAACAGGAGGUAUUGUAGAAAUUUGGGAGCUCCGGGAGAAAGUCAUGUCUGUGCACAAAGUUCUGCAAAAGUCGUCAAGCCCACCUCCGGAACCAUUUAAAAUGGUGGUUUGGCAACAUCAGUCUCACUGGCAGGCAUCCUCAAACAUCAGAGCGGUGUGCACUACAAAAGCCUCCCUUUCAACCGCAGUUCCAACCUCCACCUACAUUAUGGUUGCACUGAAUGACUCGAAAUUGUUCUGCCUUCAUAGAGACUCACUAAAACAAAUUGCAAGUGCAACCUUAAGUUUGCCUUGGAGAUGUGAUGAGCCAUCUCCUAAAAUGUCUAGAGGGCUGGUUAAUGCAGCUGCAAUGGAUCUUACCUGGGCCGGAAGUGGUCUCUUGGUUGCCGACACUAGAGGACAGCUGUACUUAUUCAAAGUUUUGCCAGUGGCGGAUCCUGGAGGUGCCCCUCUAACCGUACCUUAUGCAGUGACCCUGCUUGAAUACUGUCUUAUUUCUGGAAUGGACUGGUGGGACGUUCUGCUGGCCCUGCGACCUUCUAUGAUCGAUGCAGUGUGUGAUCGGUUCACAGAAUCUUUCAUACGACAACCAGCAUCUACGCAGCAAAUUCUUUUGGCCCAGUACUUGUGCAUCAAAGCUUCCCUCCACAAAUUGUCAUCCAGUGGACAGCAGAAAUCAUCAGACUUGCUAAAUCUGAUCAUGCUGCACUCCAUUUCGACUGCUUUCAAAUCCUUGCUGCGGCCGUCUGAUUUGGUCAACCACGAAAAAAGUCCUGCCGAUAGCAUAUCAAUGGCCAUGACCGAGCCCUUGGCAGACAUCAAUCGAGUUUUGCUUAUUGUGGAGCCAAAAGAGUGCACCGUGGAGCCCAGCACUCUGCAAUCUCUGCAGCAGCUAAUCCAAUGGGUUGCAGAUCUAGCACUAAAUUUGCUCGCCAGAAUUCCGGAGCAAAGACAGCAAAGAAGUUUGGGAUUAGGAUACGAACUUCUUAGGGACAUUAGUGCCCUGAACGAACUGAGAGAGCUGCUGGUAAUCAUCAAGAUCUGGGGACUUCUUAGGCCCACUUGUCUUCCCGUUUUCAUCCAGAUGACCGACAACUUAGAUGUGCUAUCCUUGUGCUUCAAGUUGCUUUCAAGACUAGUUCAAAGUCCUGAUCCAGAUGAGGCUUUGGUUGAUGAAUGCCUGCUGCUGCCAAGCCAAGUGAAGAUUCCGCAGAUCAACUCGAGCAGCUCGACUGCCGUCGUCAUGGCCCCUGCCCUUUUCUACCACCCCCUGCCCAUUCAGUUGGAAUUCGGGACGGAGCCGGAAAAUUUGCAAACACCAGCCGAGAGCAAUCCUGUGGAGGGCGCUCUGCAGACCCAGCAAGUUAUCGACUGCAUCCGACACAUCUACCUGGGCAAGAGUCCGCUCAUCGUCAGAGUGUGCUGCAGGUGCGGUGGAAUGUCCCAGGCGCAAACACACAACUCGCUGCGUUUAUCUGCGGCAAUCAAGGCGUGGGAUCAGCGCUGGAUCAAGUCGUGCCGCUGCGGGGGCGCGUGGAGGCUGCACAAGUUCUCCCUGUACUAACGCCAUCCAUCUCGAACGAUUAUUAAUGUUUUGUAUUUGAUGUUCGGUUCGUGCUUCAGUGUUCCGAUGAGUGGCCCAGAGGUUGGGAUUUAACUCUCCGUUGGCAUUAGUUGCCGAGGAAACACACAUGGGUCCCCUAAACUCCUUAAUGGGCCUCGGAUAAUUUUAUUUUAACCCUUUUGUAUCAUCCUGUCUAGCUUCCUGCUUUUUAAAUGUGUAUUAUGUAAUAAAUAUUUUUAAGAUGACAAAUAAUUGACUUUUCACUUUC